CAGCUUUCUGGUAUUCAUUCAUAGACUUGCCUUGGUACCAAUUAUUCUCCAGCGAUUUUCCUGGUCCAAACACGGAGUAGAUGCACAUCUCAAAUGCUCAAGGUCAGAUCCUCGCGCAAGGCUGAAUGCCAGCCUUCUCCUGCCUCGCGACGCGUACUCCGGACUUUAAAGUGCUUCUCUACACACGCGUCAUUAUCUUCCCAUUCAAUUUCUCAAGUCCUUUCCUCCCGGCCUGACCACAGCAAGCACACUACGACAGUCAUGGGUCUCAAACGCAAAGCCUCCGUCAUCGACAAUGCGGGCUAUUGCCUUCGUGGACUUACGCGCCCCUCCGCACCCUCAUCAACCUCCUCCUCCUCCUUCUCUCCCACGUCAACGAACACCCUCUCCCCUGCACACAAUUCUCACGACAAGGGAACCUACAAUUUCUGUCAGAUCGAAGCCGUACCAUAUUACCUCAAUUCGCGCACUCGAAAACGCCACCGCGACGACAGACCAGAGGAAGAGAUCAUCCACGAGCACACGCUAAGGAAGCUCUACGAUGCGCAGCGAUUACACCUCGACGAAGCACUGCCUAUCUCCGAGCUCAUCGAUCUCGACGAGCAAGCGCGGGUGAUGGAGGAGGGCGAGGAAGAGGACGAGGAUACUGAUAUGUCGGACGAACCGCUGGCAGAGCUCCCGCGAUCACCACAACGGAACCAGAGGACACUGGAGGCAUUCUUCGGUGGCAGGAACACAGCAGCAACUCCGUCGUCCAAGUCUGACCAAGGGUAGGACAAUUCCCAAGGACCUCCCACCACCUCCCAGAAUGCCAAAUGUGAGGCACGGAGACAGCUGGGCGACUACCUCGUAGCAUGAUCGGAACCACAGCAAAGUCGUAACGGCAUGUGGUCUCAGCCGAAAUUCUGGCCGACCAUGGCAUCCAUGACCCAGAUGAAGAAAGAUACAGACGCUUAUCUAUGGAAACCAUGAUGCAAGGUAUCCAUACAAAAAGCCACGCAUGCAGCUGCCUCCGCCUCUCAAAAAGACAUAUGGCUUGAUUGAAGAGGAAGCCCACUUGUGGCAAGGCAAGUCGUUCACUCAAAGAAGAAAGGAGGGUGUAUCAAUAUAUGUACACAUACGGACAGGACAUUGACUGCACAAGAGCAGGCGUUCCUUUUGCGUUGGGCUGAGUCGUCGUCUGAGAAAUCUACAUGACUAUGAAGCGUUGGAUUUUUCGUUUUUGUGAAUGCGGCCAACAAGGGCGCGAACUUGUUGGAUUUGAACGAGACUGUAGACAUGACGAAUGGACUCCCAAGGGCCUAAAGAGGAGGUACGAGAAGUCUGCGUUGUCAGAGUUGAACGACGAAAAUGAAGGACACUAGUGCUGGUCCUGCUGUCUUGGAUGCAACGAUAACAACAAUCCAGAAGCAGAACAUUAUGAUAAGAAAAAUCGGUUGAUUCGUACCUAUGCAAAGCUACCUGUGUGCUAAUAAAAUGAGGAGU